AUGAAUGGGAUGGUAGAAUCGCAUAAUAACGUAGUAAAGAAGCAAAUGUUAUAUGUGAUGUUAAACUUCCCUAACCGGUACAAAGAAUUACUUAUAUUCUUUUGUGAGAUUGUUGCUUACGCCGUAUUUAUUAAAAAUCAUACGCCGUCUGAGCGAGUCGAAACCCACAAGGGUUGGACGCCACAUGAACUAUUCUACGGACGUAGAUAUAGACCAAACUACCACCAGCUCGGGGUAGAUGUGUUUGUCAUACUCCUGAAUAAACAGGAAGCAGAGGCAUUAGGUGUCCAAUUUAUCAAAGGAUUUCAUAGAGGUGUACCAGGUAUCUUCUUGGGUUAUGGUAAUGACUCCAAUGUCUACAUUAUCCAGUUAGUCGAUGGUAAUUAUACCAGAAGAUUAUUUGUGAAUGUUAGAUUUUUAGGAUCUAUGAACAAUAUUAAUACAUUCCUAGAUACUUUCGGCGAAAAAAUGCGGAAGAAUAUGGAUGAGUCUGGGAACUUUCCAUUCUUCGAAGAUUCGUCUAGAAAUGAACUACUCAAUGGUCGCUAUGUCCCUUAUGAAGAUCACUUGCCAACACAAGGUACAUCAUCCCAAGAUGUCUCCUCAGAUAGACCAACCACAAUUGAACCUACAGCUACCAAUAUCAAUAUGGAUGAAUUAAUAGCAGAGGUACCAGAUGAAUUCUUACAGAACAACAUAGCUGGAGAUUUCUUAACUCAACAAGGAUUUACGUUACCACAGUUGCAAGUUACUGGAAAAUUGUUGGAACACCAAUCAGGACAAAGUCUUGCUCCAUAUAACUGGAUGAGUAAAGACAACAUGGAAUAUCUGAAAAUGGGGAGUGAUCAUAAAUAUUUGGGACAGAACGACACGGAAAAUAUUGAACCCAAUAAGAACAAACAGGUCCAUAUUUCAGAACCAUCUUUUCAAAGUUCAAUGGCAAACAAGCCUAAUGAAUCAGAUCUUGGUGUAUUACCUACUGCAGAUGGUAUACGUCAUGGAGUACCUAACGCCCGGGGCGAGACAACUCAAGAUGGGACAGUCAGUUCUAACAUAGAUAUGCAUCAACCGUAUUCAACAAUACCAACUCACAGACCGCCCCCGCCAGUAGGGAAGAAUGUUCAAUUCCUGGGAGUUAACAACGACUCUACGACAUUACUUCCAUCUGAGUGGGGAUUACCACCUCAACAGCAUCUCAGUAAUGGGGGAGCAUACGAGUCGCUGCCGGUUUCUAACGUUACCACUAGUGUCCGAUUAUAA